AUGGAUACUUUCAAGUCGGUCUUCUUCAAGCCCGAUCCUAAGGAGCAGAAACGAAAAUGCGAUAGCCUCAUCCGCAAGAGCCGGCGGCAGAUCGAUCGCCAGAUCCAAGAUCAAACCAACGCCAGACGCAAAGCUGAAGCACAAAUACGAGCAGACUUCCGCAGAGCAGAGAAGAACCCUUCGCAAAGAAAGCAAGCCUUGCAGGCGGUACGACAGCUAGCCAAGGAGUCGGCUGGAGUUAGGAAAAGCAUCAAUCGCCUCAACACCAACAAAGCGCAGCUUGACAGCAUCCAGAUGCAGGUCAAUGAGACCUUUGCGCUCAAAAAGAUACAGACCAGCUUGAGAGACAGCACAACUGUAAUGAAAAACGUCAACUCGCUUAUCCGCCUACCUGAGCUGGCCGGUACAAUGAAUGAGCUUAGCCAGGAGUUAAUGAAGGCUGGAGUUAUCGAGGAGAUGGUCGAUGACAUGCUGCCAGGAGAAGAACUGGAAGAGGACGGGCUUGAUGAGAGCGAAGCCGAGAUCAACAAGAUCAUUGCCGACGCGUUGGGCAAGGAGAAGGACAAAUAUCUUGAACAGUCCGAGGAAGCCUUUCCAGAGGCUCCUAGUCAGAUUGAGGAGCCAUCAAAUGAAGUGUCGGAACAGGACAUUGCCAAUAUGCGCAUGAAGUUGGAAGCAUUACGAAGUUGA